AAGGACAGGAGUGUCUUAAAGGAACGGAUUCUUCGCCUUGAGCUCCGAAGCUUGCAAACACAGACUUCGCUGUCGAAACCACUUCCCCUGGAUUACACAUCAUCUUCUCACAAUGGUGAACACCAAAGUCGGUCGUCAGCUUUCAGGCGAUAGCUCAAAUGUUGCUGGCACGCUACCCAUGCUCAACAUUGCCAACACUACGAGGAACAACAUUGUAGCUGUGCUCGGGGAGUUUGUCGGAACAUUCCUCUUCCUCUUCUUCUCAUUCGCCGGCACGCAAGUUGCCAACACACCUCUUGGAGCACCAGGAUCGGACCCCAACCUUCCAUCCAUUAUCUUUAUCGCGCUAUCAUUCGGAGUCUCCCUCACUGCAAAUGUGUGGGCAUUCUACAGAGUUACGGGGGGCAUGUUCAACCCUGUGGUGACUCUCGCCCUCACUAUUUGUGGUGGUCUGCCGCUACUGAGGGCUCUUCUCAUCAUGCACACUCAAAUCAUAGCGGGACUAUGUGCAGCUGGGGUUGCUUCUGCGAUGUUCCCUGGUCCCCUCUCCGUGACCACAGGACUGGGUGGUGGUACAAACACGGCCCAGGGCUUCUUCAUCGAGGUCAUCUUGACCGCUCAGCUAGUGUUUGUCAUUCUGAUGUUGGCCGUUGAGAAGCACCGCUCUACAUUCCUUGCCCCUGUUGGCAUUGGUCUGUCAUUCUUUCUCGCCGAACUAACUGGCGUCUACUUCACUGGUGGUUCCCUCAACCCAGCCCGAUCUUUUGGACCCGCUGCUGUCGAUGGGAUAUUCCCCAGCUAUCACUGGAUAUACUGGCUUGGUCCGGUCGUUGGAUCUUUGAUUGCUUGUGGAUUCUACCUUUUGUUGCGCAACCUUCGAUACUAUGAGUGCAACCCCGGCCAGGACGAUGAUGGCCACGAAACGAGCAGUGAACGCAGUUUCAAGCCUUGACAUAAUAGUCAAGGCUUCCAGCGAACGAGGAUCCGUGCCGCAGAACUCCGCAUCUGCUAGAAGUGGACGACACCAAAUGGAGAACAAGGGCGAAGGGCGUUAGGUGUUGGUCGUGCUUCAAUGCUUAUGAGGUUAAUUUAGUUUCAAUUGAAGAAAAAAGCGAUUCCACAGCAUUCAGGUUCGGAAUACCCAAGCUUGAAGCUUAUUGUGAGGGGAUAGAUAUCCGAGCAGCUCUGGUUGCCUCUAGUCCAGUGGAACCGAAUUUUUAAUUUACAAUGAUGCCAUCAUUCUGGAGGAACUCGCUCAAAGUCUUGCCCCAUACGAUUAUGAUGUAGAGAUGCCUUGAAUGGACUAGAUGUGUGCCUCGAAUCGUCAUAUUCUGAAUUACCGAAGAAAAGUUGAGCAGGGCAUUGUGCUACAGAAUAGAUAACACAUCUGGACACCUAAAUUCAAGCUAUUGAAUACUC